AUGAAACAGAUGUGCUCGUUCCAAAUUCGUGAUCCUUGCGACUCCGACUCCCCUCAAACCUAUCAUGCAUUUGGUGUGGAUCAUCAGUAUGACAAGCAGUGUUUUGUCCAGGAUAAUGUUAUAACUUGUUCAUGUAGAGACGAUCUCUGUAACAGAGAUAUGGAAGUUGUCAUGAGGCAAUGGAGUAGGACGAGGGUUGAGGAUCCAAAGUUCAAGGAAUGCGUUGAGGAACGUCUCAAAAGAAUAAAAGAGGAGCUUGAAGAGGAAGAGCCGCCGGAGCAGAAAGUGGCGGAUACUGAAAAACCGCGUAAGACAAUUUAA